AGACUAGAUCUAGUUCUCCAAGUCGACGCGUCCAAUAUGGCGGCUGCAAGAACUCAAAUGUAUAAACUCAGAUUAACUAAAAAUAUGCGACUAACUAUACGACUAAGGCAAGCCAGAAAUAUCUCUGUGUUUUCUGCUAGUUUGGGGUCAUGUGCUGGCGUAUUUUCAAAGGAUAAGGAGUGUUAUAGAGGUGGUGUUUUGCCUGGUUUCCGUGUGGUUUCAUCUUGUAGAACUUGGAGUACGAGGAAGAGUGGACAUCGUCUGUUAGAGAGAAUAUAUCAACUUCAAUCACAUAAGAAUUGUCAGAUCUUUAGUUCUAGAUGCAUAACAACAUCUGCUUUAUGCUUGAAUGGAAAAGACACUAUAUCUACUGGGAAGAGAAAAUUGAAAGAACAAUUAGAAAAAGUGAAAGAAAUGAGAGAAAGUAUUCUCACCAUUCCAAAUGUGCUCUCAUCGUUCAGGAUAGUGGCUGCUCCAUUCCUUGGUUACUUUAUUAUUUCAGAAGAGUUUACUGUUGCUGCUGCUCUUUUUGUUGUGGCAGGAAUCACAGACAUGCUUGAUGGCUAUAUUGCUAGAAACUUCAAAAAUCAAAAGUCCGUCUUUGGUACCAUACUAGAUCCUGUUGCAGACAAAAUCCUAAUGAGUGUUUUGACAAUCUCAUUAACAGCUGCUGACCUUUUACCCAUUCCCUUGACAGUGUUAAUUCUCAGUAGAGAUGUCCUUCUGAUUGCCGCUGCCUUUUACUUUAGAUACAAAUCACUGCCAUCUCCUAAAACUAUUUCAAGAUACUUCGAUGUUAACCUAGCAACAGUARAGCUACGACCUAACAUCCUAGGAAAGGCCAACACAGUCCUUCAGCUUGGCCUUGUAGGGUCUACUCUUCUAGCACCAAUAGUAGGAUAUGUGGAUCAUCCCUAUCUACAGGCAAUGUGGUAUAUUGUUGGAAUAUCCACUGUUUUAUCAUCAGUUAGCUACCUAUUCUCAACAAGCACUUCAGUUAGAUACCUCAAAUAAAGGAAUUAAAAAUACUCUGUUUGUAACUGGUCAUUUUGACCUACAGUUAACAACAAUAAUUGCCCUAUAACACUAUGACGUCACAUCAAAACAAUCUAUUGUUUUAACGCUAAGGAUCAUGGUCGUCGCCAGAGGGGUCAAAAUAGCAGCAAAAUGAAUUAAAUCACAAUAAAAAAUGGUUAAUUAGAUGGGGAAAGGUGAUAACAGAUAAAUGUUGUACUAAAUAUCCCAAACGAAAGAAAAUUUUGCCUAAAUUCCUAUCAUUCUUGCCCAUGUAAACAAGCUGUGACGUCAUAGUGUUAUAGGUCAGUUGGCUUCUUAUCACAAUUUACUUGUAAGUAUUAUGGAAAAUGUAAAAUAUUAGAGAGUGUACAUUCUAAGCUUUAACCUCGACUUAGUUGAAGAAGUAAAUCAUCUUAAGUUCCCAUUGUUUUAAGCACAGGGAGCACAAUUGAAAUAAAAUUGAAAAUGAGAUCAGAAGGGAAAUCUUUAAUAUUUGUUUAUUCGAGAUAGAAAUAAAGUCCCACAUAAUGAAAACCAGUGG